GCCGCGUGGGUCGGGGCGGCGGCGUCCCCGCUCGGACGCCGAGGAGCAAGCAUGGCCCGCCCGCGGGGGGGCCGGUCCGCCGCGCACGCCGCCCGCGCCCCGCGCCCUGCCCUGCCCGGGCCGCCGGCGCUCGCGCCCGCCGCUUAGCACUGGGCGCCGCUCGCUCGCCGGGCGCCGCGGAAAUAUCGCCGCAUUUGGACACCAUGGCGGCGGCCGCCACCCCCGGCCCCGCCGCCUGCAGCACCGACGCCUCGGGCACCAGCGGAGCGCCGCCGCCGCAGCCCCCGCCCCCAGCCGCCGCGCCGGCCCAGCUGCCGGAGCCCAGAAAGCCGCGCGUGGACCCGCGGCGCCGCCGGGCUGCCCUCUCCUUCCUCACCAGCAUCUCGCUGGACGGGCGGCCGCCGCUGCAGGACGGGGAGGGCGGCGGCGAGGACCGCGGCGCGAGGAGCCGGCUCAGCCCGCUCGCCGCGGCGGGCACGGCGCUGCCGGAGGCCGGGUCGGGGCCCUGCCUCGCCCAGCCCUCCCCGCCGCCGCCCCCGGCCCCCGGCGGCCACGCCACGCUGCCGGGACUCGCCGCCUGCGCGCCGCCGCCCGACGGGCCGGAGGAACUGGAGGAGGACGACGCCUUCGCCGGCGCGCAGGGGCCCGUGGCUGCCUUCCUGGGCCCCGCGACCCCAGGGGGCGGCGGCGGCAGCCGGGGCCGCCUCGGCUCGUUCACUCCGGGGAUCCUGCCCGUCGCCUUCGCCAGGCAGACCUCGCAGACCCUCUGCGCCCUGGAGGGCCCAGUCUGCGGCGCCGGCGCCCUGGAGCAGCUGCAGAGGUCCCGACGCCGGCUCAUCUCGCAGAGGUCCUCGCUGGAGACGCUGGAAGACAUUGAGGAGAACGCCCCCCUGCGCAGAUGUCGGACUCUCUCCGGUUCGCCCAGACCGAAGAGCUUUAAGAAGAUACAUUUCAUCAAGAACAUGCGGCAGCACGACACGAGGAACGGCAGAAUCGUCCUCCUCAGUGGCAGGCGGUCCUUCUGCAGCGUCUUCUCCGUGCUGCCGUAUCGGGACAGCGCCCAGCCCGGGGACUUGAAGUCGGACGGAGGGCGACAGUCAGCGGGUGCCGUGAGCCUGAAAGAGGUCGUUGGCCUGGAAGGCGUGGAGCUGGGCGCUGAUGGGAAGACGGUGUCCUACACCCAGUUCCUGUGGCCCACAAACGCCUUCGGAGCCCGGAGGGGCACCAUCGACUCCACCUCCUCCUUCUCCCACUUCCGCACCCUGAGCCACCGCAGCCUCUCCAUAGGGCGGGCCAGCAGCACCCAGGGGAGCCUCGACACAGGCAGCGACCUGGGAGACGUUGUGGACUACGACCCGAACCUCCUGGACGACCCCCAGUGGCCUUGUGGGAAGCACAAACGGGUCCUCAUCUUCCCUUCGUACAUGACCACAGUGAUCGCCUACGUGAAGCCCUCAGACCUCAAGAAGGACAUGAACGAGACCUUCAGGGAGAGGUUCCCUCACAUCAAGCUGACGCUCAGCAAAAUAAGGAGCCUGAAGCGCGAGAUGCGGAAGCUGGCGCAGGAGGACUGCGGCCUCGAGGAGCCCACGGUGGCCACGGCCUUCGUCUACUUCGAGAAGCUCGCCCUCAAGGGGAAGCUGAACAAGCAGAACCGGAAGCUCUGCGCGGGGGCCUGCGUGCUGCUGGCGGCCAAGAUCAGCAGCGACCUCCGGAAGCACGAGGUCAAGCACCUGAUUGAUAAGCUGGAGGAGAAGUUCCGGCUGAACAGACGCGAGCUGAUCGCCUUCGAGUUCCCCGUGUUGGUGGCCCUGGAGUUCGCCCUUCACCUGCCCGAGCACGAGGUCAUGCCCCACUACAGACGCCUGGUCCAGAGCUCCUAGCGCGGCCGGCCGGCGCUUCCUGGUGCUGCACGCUUCCUGGUGCGGGCGGAGCGGGCCGGCACUUCCUGGUUCCCCUCGGAGCUCCCAACACAGGCCCAGAGGCUGAUGCUUCCCCGCGCCAGAGGCCGCGCUGCUGCUGGAGACUCAUUCCCAAGCAGAGCUCAGCACACGGGACUCUCCUCCCAACACGCGUGUACAGAGGCUGUGCCGGGGACCUUUGCGGGAGUCUGGUCUGCUGGCCGAGAGCCCCUGGGAGCCGUGACUGCCCACCGGGGGAGGGGAGGCCUGGGCGGAAGACACGGUGGCCCUCCCGGCUCUCCACCAGCAAGAGUUCUUACCCCCCACCCCAGUCCUCCUCCUCCCGGGCACACAGACCUGCGGCUGGUCCAGCACUCUCCAGACCCACGCCAAGUCUGAGCGUCACGCUGGAGCCGAGCAGGGAAGACGGCGUGGACACGUUGGAGGGAAGCUUUGCAGAGGCCCUCACGGGGUCAGAAGAGGGGCCAGUGUCUCUACCAGCUGUUGGAGGGCACUGUCCCCGGGGGCAUGUGCCCGCGUGCGUGUCAGUGUGUCUGAGAGAUGCUGCCUCAGCCCUGAGCCCCAGCCAGCCCUGCCCCUCGGCACAGACCUCGCCCGGGGACUGCUCGCCCGGGGCCAUGAGCCCAGCUGGCCUUCACGGUGGGUUCUGGUUCUGGAGAACCUCUGAGUAGCCAUCACUCUCGGUACCAGAUUGUCUGACACCUGUGCCCCAGACCGUGACCUGGCUUCUUCACUCCACCCCCCACGGACAAAAGCCAGCCCUCGUGUUGGGGUUCCGCGGGGAGGCUGCAGGCAGCUCUGCUCCUUCCUGCAUCCUCCCUUUCUCACGUGUUUCACCCCGCCCUGGCCCAUGGGGACGGCGGGGCAGCGCUCCCUGGUGGGCUCGGUGCUCUAUGUUAGAGUGCACGCUGGCACUUUGUUGUGCUGUAUGUACAUACAUCCCCGUGUUUUAUAAAAUCCAGAACAAGGGUAAGACGCACAGUUCGUAUUUGAGGCUUUUGGCCAGCUGGGACCAGCACCUCGGGCUGAGGCUGUGCCCGUUGGAGAGGGUCACCCCUGCGUGCGGGCGGUGCUGCGUGCAGGAACCUGUGCUGACGCCUGGGACCACCUGGACGUGACCAGCCUGCGUGUCCCCACCUGUAGUCACCACGCCUUCGCCUAAAGCCCAAGAGAAGCUCCCACCGAGGUUCGCCCAGCGGGAAGGCCUGUGGCCACGUGAAGAGAAUUAAAGUAUUUUAUUGUUUCUAUA